AUGCAUUGUGAACGAUUUAUCUUUGCACAGCAGUUAAUUCCCAACUCAUGUGCAACACAUGCACUCCUCAGUGUGUUAUUAAAUUGUUCAAGUUUAAAUUUAGGAGCGACCCUCACAGAGUUCAAAGAGUUCACGAAGAAUUUUAACCCUGAGAACAAAGGGUAUGCUAUUGGUAGCAUGCCACAGUUAGCAAAGGCUCAUAACAGCCAUGCUAAACCAGAGCCAAGGCAGAUACCAGAGAAGCAGACUGGUGUGUCUACAGUUAGAACGAUGGAAGCUUUUCAUUUUGUGAGUUAUGUACCUAUCAAAGGAAGAUUGUUUGAAUUGGAUGGUUUAAAACCAUAUCCUAUAGACCAUGGACCAUGGGGAGAACAAGAAGAGUGGACUGAUAAAUUCAGAAGGGUUAUUAGAGAGAGACUGGACAUGGGAGGAUGUGAUAUCAGGUUUAAUCUUAUGGCAGUGGUCCCUGAUAGAAGACAAGUUUAUGAUCAAAAACUGCAACUAUUGAAAAACAACAGAAUGGUGUUGUAUGAAGCCUUACAGCAUCUUGUGAAGUACACUCAGCCCUCACUGCCAGUUUCUAGAACCACAGUUACUAGAAGAGAUCCUAUCAUAACAAGGUCCAAACCAUCACCUAAAGUAAUAACAAAACCUCCUCCUCCCGUUACGAAGAAAGAACCAAAAAACAACGGAUCAAAGUCUGGAAAUAACAAGAAUUCUUCUUCUAAAAGUAAUUCAUCUACCUACAGAUUACCUGCAGCAUUAGAUACUCACAACUAUGCUAAAUCACCAUUGUCCGAACACGAAGACAGCUCGGGAGGAAGUUCUAGUUACGAAGAGGCAGAUGAAGAUGAAGAAGAUGAGGAGGAAGAAGAUAGCGAGACGGAAACUGAUGAGGAAGUGGCAGAAUGUCAACAGUCAUCAGAAAAUGAAAUAAUUCCGGAACCACCUCAGCCCAAACCGCUGUCUAAUACGGAGAUUGAAAGGCAUUUACAUCGAUCCGAGGUGGCCAGUAAUACUUAUAUUCGGAUUAGCUUGGAUCCAUCUACUACAGAAAUUCUUGCAUCAGAGUCGGUUAAUCUUGAUCCUACUGUGGAAAACUUUGAGAAUAUUUUAAUGAAAGCUCAGUUGAACCCUGAGGUGAAAUUGAUACCAACUACUGGUGCAUUAUCUGAUGAUAUUAACCAACCGCUUACAAUACAGACUAUGUUUCACAAUCGGGCAGUGUCACCGGCACCGAGUGAAAGUACAGAUACUGCAUCUGAGAUGGGAAGUGCAUUCAACUCCCCACUUAGAUCGAAUGCAUCUUCUAGACAGAACAGUCCCAGCCACAAAAUAGCCAGGUUUCGUGAGUGGAAACAGAGUCUGAUAUCCAAGCUGGAAUUGGUCGAUCAAGAAAAUAAAGGAUCAACAGAAAAUACGAAUACUGAUUUAACAGAAGAAUCAACUGAGUCCCCGUCAACUGCCGAAAGCCCUGAGCGUGAAUUUCUACCAAUACCCGAAGACGAUGAACAAUCAGAAAGUCAAGAUAAAACAGAAAUGCCUAUUACUGAGGAAACGAUUGCCCCUCCACAGGAGCAAUCUGGUUCUUCUUCGAAUUUGAAACGUUUGUCUGAUUCCCAUGAGAAUGAGCCCGAGGUGAAGCGCAGCGUAACUUUUGCUGACAACGUAGGGGGUUCUGACUCUGAACCAUAUGAGUAUGCUUCUCCAUGCGAGGAAAGUAAAGACAGUUCUGAUAUGUCAUCAGAGGAAGAACAAAACCAGGUGGAUAAGCUUGCAUCUCCAUGUACAUUGCAUCCUAAGGUUGCUGUAGCUGUAUUGAAAAGUCUUGAUGCUGAGAUAAUGGUGUGUGAGCAGAGAUUAGGUGAUGAGACGGAAAAGAGAAAGAAAUAUCGAAUCGAUGACUGUCGACGCAGUCAUAACUACGACCCGUUCAUAACAACAUUCCUAUCCAUUCUGGCCGAGCAGGGUCAGCUCGCCGGUCUAGUAGAGCAACACAUGCUAAUAAGACGUAGGCAGGGCUAUAGUUUAGGUAGACUUCAUAAAACUAGGAAACCAGAUAGGAGGAAGCGAUCUCGACCAUCCCAGAAAAAAAAAGGCAAGAAGUGAGAGGUACUAGGAGUGUGUAAAUAUAGUUAGCUCUAUGCAUUACAUAUUUAUAGCAAUUCUACAAGCAUAUACAUAUUUAUAUGAUUGCCGAAAAGGACUGUUGACUGCCAAAAUCAACAAAAAUGCAACAUUUGGAUUCUAAUUCUCCUAAAAUGGGAUCAAUACCCACGAGUAAUGGAAAAUUUGUCUGAAAAAUUAAUGGAUAUUGAGGAAAAAUAUGUUGGUGUGAAAGAUUCUGGUGCUGGUAGAAAUUAUGAUUUACUUUGGUUUAGGGGACCAUCUGUAAAUGGUGAUGUAGAUUUCAAAUGUAAAAUAAACUAGUAGAACGAACAGACGGACGGACGGACAGACAGACAGACUCACCGACCAUGAAUCUACAUGAUUACACAGACAGUGACAAUUAGAUGAUCUAGGUUAACACUUGUUGAGUAGAUAACACAAAUAACAUCUGCAUUUACAUUCAUGUGAUAGGCAUAUGAUGUGGGUAACAUCACCUUUUGAAAGUCUUGGAAUGAUUGUGAAUUUCACACAUGCUACAACUAUACUAACACAGGAUUCAGUACUUCUGUUUGCAAAUUUUUAG